UCCCCAGGGCAUUAAGCCACCACCAGUGCACUUCCGUCAGCAGGCGUAAGACAUCGCCUUAUUGGCAGCGUGUCCAACGCGUCUGACCAGUCAUAAUGGAUACAUGCCAUGUACAUGAGACGGUGAAGGUGUUCCACUGCAUAUAGCAGAUAGACUUGUGCCGUGUUUCUUGGCAGCAGGUUGUCUUGGAUAGGACACAGCACCAUAUCACAUGGUUUUCCAUGAAGCAAUGGCGUACGACGAUGUGUGGCAUCUCUUGGGACUUGAUGACAAGAAUGUAACUCGCACCGACAUUUCUCUAUGGCUAUCCAAUCAGUCCAAUGGGAGCUCUUUCAAGUCCCAAUCCUUCAAACGUGACCAGACAGUAGAAAACAUCAUCAUCGUCAUCGCAUACAGCAUCUUAAGUCUCAUCUCCUUCUUUGGAAACUCUCUGGUGUGUUAUGUGAUUCUGAAGAACAAGCGACUUCACACAGCGACCAACUUCUUCAUUGCCAACUUAGCGGUCUCGGACCUUCUUAUUACAUGCAUUAAUGUUCCAUUCAAUAUCCUCAGACACAUCUUGGAUGAAUGGCCGUUGGGGGAUUUUCUGUGUCACCUUGUGAACUUUUCGUUAAUGACGUCUGUGUAUGUGUCAACCUACACUCUGACUGCGAUCGCCAUUGACAGGCAUCGAGUCAUUCUGACUCCUCUAACAAUUCGCAUGUCCAAGCAACUGGCAAUAACGGUUCUGGUGUUCAUAUGGGUAUUGGCCAUCUGCCUCUCCUUACCAUAUGGCAUCUACACAAGCGUACAGGAGGUCAAUCUUUUCACGUCAAAGCUCCGACGCUGUCGAUCAUCAUUUCCGGAUACCCUGGAUUCAUUUGAACAGUACCUGACUGUUGUCACCAUCAUCAUGCAAUACUGCAUCCCUCUGGCCUUCAUCGCCUUUGCGUACGGACGUAUAGUACGUAAACUAUGGGCAAGAACCCAUGUCGGCGCUGUGACGGAAAAUCAGCACCAAUCCCAGCAACGUGCGAAAAGAAGGAGCAUUAAGCUUUUGAUCGCAGUUGUGAUUGUGUUUGCCUUGUGUUGGCUGCCACUUAUUCUGUACCACCUUCUGACUGACUUUCAUCCCAAUGCUGAAGUAUUCCACCAUGACAGUAGAGCCUUCUUCAUCUGCCACUGGAUCGCCAUCAGCAGCACUUGUUAUAACCCCUUUGUCUACUGUUGGCUGAACGAGAACUUCAGAGAGGAAGUGAAAGCAAGAUUUCGUUGGUGUGGAUACCGAGCCUUUAAAAUUUACCCAGGGUGCUCCGAAGUAGAUGGUGGGCUGUUGCGGAAUGACCGUGGAGAUCGAAAACGAGGAAGAGGCUUGCCGAGCAUCACACGCUCAAGCAUUGCAUGCUCAAGUAGAUCGACCAGUGUUAAAAGGGAUACGUCUAUAUCGCCUGAUGAAAUUGAAAACUUUUGCCCCUUCAAAUUAAACGGGUCUCCACCACGAAUCGACGAGAAGGAUACAAUUAAGGAGGAGACGACAGAACUUAUUCCCAAAUGUGACAUAUCUAACGGAAAGGUCGAAUUGCAUUUGAAGUAAUGGAAAUCCCAGUACCACAGGUAAUGGAGAAACAUUAACUGUCAACAACGAUAUUUCUGGACAUUGCUACCAUGCUAGCAGGAGAUAUUAACAUUGUCAGGUUGCAGUAAACUUGGAGUCAUCCGUUUGAUGGGGAAGUAAAAACUGAAAAAACAAGCAACGUCAAUUUUUGGAGAAACUACGGAUGAACGUCUCAGCAUCUAAAUUGUUGAAUAUAUCUGUCGAAACUGCAUGAAAACGGUUUGAGGAAUCGGUGUUGAUUCAUAGAUUUGCCGUGUCCUUCAAAGCCUCUGCACCAGCAUGACUGACCGACACAUUGGAUGAAACUGGAAUGACAAAGCCAAUAACAGUUUGUUUGUUUUGCUUCUAACAUGUUUCGGUGUUUAUAACGUAAUUGCCACUGGUUUAAUGAUUGUUAAAGGAUUUUGCCAUGGCAAGGGGAAAAUACCAGUCCUUAAUCGUGUGUACAUAGAUCAUCUGGUGUAUGAUGUCAUCACACCUUGUUUUUCCUGCACUUGAGAUUCUAGAAUGAGGAAAUUCGUCGUGAUGCUGUGUGGAGUUAAUCAUGAAUACUCCCGUGAGGUGAAGCCAUAUACCACAAUGGCCAUUUGUCGAACAGAAAUGAGAGGCAGGCUGGUCAAGUUGUUUAAGGAGCCGUGGUUUCAUUUACAAUUGAAUUGCUACUUCUUAUUUUUCCGUUAAGGUCACACGGAGUACAAGACUAGAAAAGUUGCGCAAUGACAAUAAUUUAAAUUUCUAUUUUCAGUAUACAAUACAUUUGUCGCUGAUGAAACGUACUAUAUACAAAUAAAAAAGAGCGUAUUUUGAGUUCAAAAUAUAGUAACUCAUUACAAAAACAACUACAAAUUUGGUGAUCAAAACCCUAUUAUUGUAAACAUCCUUGAUUAUCCUCAUAUGUUACAUGGGUAUCAGUGUUGUCAUUCUAGAGCAGUAGCGACUUCAACUACUAAAUGCAUAUUGACAAAUAAGUAUCGGGUGGUUACAACCAGUGGCUAGUUGUCUCGAGACGUUAUUUACGCUCAAGUUAGCAAACAGGUAUUUGACAGGGUAAGACUUCAGGGUUAUUCAGAGGCUGUUGUGAUAUAGUUGGAUACUCUUUGCAUGAUAUAAUGCUAUGAAGCAAGGGAACAUAUGGAAGCUGAAUCAAAUACCCAUUUACAUUGGAUAAAUAUAUAUGAUAAAUACGUACAUGGUCCUAAAGUAAAUAUAAAUGUGUUUCAUCAAAAAUGCAUACAUAUACAAGUUGGAUUGACUUGAAGCAUGCUACCGCUGCAAAUUCGAAGCACCCUGUACUUUCUAAACUCGUAUUCAACAAUUUCUUGAUGCAUCAAUAAAUUCUAAAUAGAGACCAUCGCAUCAACAUAUAUACGCAUAUUUAACAAUUUCUUGAUAACAACAUUACAUUCCAAACAAACACCAUUGCACUAACAUUUAAACUCAUAUUCAACCAUUUUUGAUGCGUCAUUGAAUUCCAAACAAACACCAUUGCACUAACAUUUAAACUCAUAUUCAACCAUGUUUGAUGCGUCAUUGAAAUCCGAACAAACACCAUUGCACCAGCAUUUAAACUCAUUUUCAACCAUUUUUGAUGCGUCAUUGAAUUCCAAACAAACACCAUUGCACUAACAUUUAAACUCAUAUUCAACCAUUUUUGAUGCGUCAUUGAAUUCCAAACAAACACCAUUGCACUAACAUUUAAACUCAUUUUCAACCAUUUUUGAUGCGUCAUUGAAUUCCAAACAAACACCAUUGCACUAACAUUUAAACUCAUAUUCAACCAUUUCUUGAUGAAAAAGAGAACACUGCAUCAACAUUUAAACUCAUUUUCAACAAUUUUGUGAUGUAUCAUUGAAUUCCAAAUAGACACAGUCUCACCAGGUGUGGCGAAGUCGGAUUUUUGUUUGUCGUCCUUAAUGAGCAAUAGAGGAAGUUUGACCACUCUUACAGUGGCCGUUAGAGAGUGUAAGUGAUACCUUAUUAUAUUUGUUUAGUUGUGAAACGUUUACACAAACUGUGCCUUUGGUGUUGUACAACAUGACUGUAUUGACAUGUACAUUUGCUUGUAUUGCUCGAUUGUGCCAGAUCCAAGCACGGGAGGUACCUUUAACUUCAUAUAUGUUAAUACAUCUUGUUUUUGCAUAACGUUUUUCUAGCUUUCCCAUGUUAAUAUCGAUUUGUCAGCAUCUUACCCGUGUUUAUUGGUAUAUUCAGAA